ACUAGUCUGUGAUCCCUUUUCGGAUUUACAAGUCGCAAGGUGGCGUGAAUGUGACACAGAAGGAUGUAUACAGUUCACGCUUCGGUGACCACUAUGAAAAGCGCUAUGUUUUGAAUAGUAAACGAUUUCGCUUGAAACACAUGUGGAAGUAUUGGAUAUUUACGAUAAACAAAUUUUAUUCUAAUGUAAAAAUUUAAAGAUGGCUUCACCCGAAUCAGAGGAUGAAAAGUGGCCAGAUAUAUCUAGUGAAAAUAGGAUUAAACAUGAAAUAUUAUUCUAUAGUCAAGGACCAGUUGAUGGCUAUCUCAUUGGUGAAGAAGCCAGAGAUUUAUUCCUUCACUCCAGAUUACCAAUCACAGUACUUAGUAAAAUUUGGAAUCUAGCUGAUGUUAGUAACGACAAUCUUCUAAAUGUAGAUGAGUUUGUCCUCUGUAUGCAUUUGAUACAGGAAGUCCUCAAAGGAAGAAAACCGCCAGGAGACUUGCCAGAAAAUCUUAAGCCAAAAAUGUCUGCACCGGUGGACUUGCCAGCAAUAACUUCCAUUGAAAGAGAGGCCUAUGUUAAAGUGUUUCAGACAGUUGAUGGUAAAAGGAAAGGCUAUUUAGAAGCAUUAGAAGUCAGACCAUUGUUCCAAGCUUCCAUGUUACGACCAGAGAUACUUGCCAAAGUGUGGGACCUCUCUGAUAUAAAUAAAGAUGGUGUGUUGGACUCUGAUGAAUGGACUAUAGCUUGCCAUCUCAUUAGAAUUAUAAAACAAGGAAAUGAACUAGAUGGGAGUGUGAAUCCUUUCAUCUGCCAACCUGACAAGAUUUCUCCUAUUUCACUGCAAGCUAGAAAAUCCAGGGUCAGCCAAUAUGAACAACACAAGCAGAGGCUUAUGUCAUUAAAGGAAAAGAGGAAAAAUCAGAGUUUACAAGAGAAAAAAAGACUUGAUUUACUGAAAGAAAAAGUGAAUAUUGAAAAAGAAUUGUGUGGCUUACUACAGAACUCAGGGAAUUGUCCUCUCACGACAGAUGAAAUAUUGAAUUUGAACUCGAGGAACACUGAGGAUAUUGAUAAACUCGAGGAAAUUGUCUCCAGAUUGAAAAAAGAACAUGAAAAAGUAAGACAAGAAACGGUGAAAGUUAUAUUAGGGGAACAAAAACUACAGGACGAGAUUCGACGGAUCAAAAAUGAUACAGAUGAACUAAAUAAGAGAUUAGGAACAAAACAUAAAAAGGCAACAAAAGAUCCCGACCCCUUCCAUCAGCUGUAUGAACAGAGAAAAGAGGAGAGAAAGAAAAGUAAUUUAUCCGAAGGAGAAGAGCCAGACGUCCACUAUCCAUUUAAGAUUAGUCCCUUUGACAAAGAAGCAUUAAGUUGGAAGUCCAUAAAGGGUUCUGACGUGUUCCUUAGCAACCAUUUAGUAGACAAUAAUAACAGUAAACAGUCAAUAGAAAAUGAAAUAGUGAUAGAAAGUUUACAUGAAUUUAGUGAUAAGUUUAUAGAAAGUUGGAGCAGUAGAAAACCUUCACUAGAGAUGGAUAAAUCUGAGGAAGAAGAUCCAGUAUUUAUGAAUGUAGAUGUAAAACCUGAGGAGUACAACCAGUGGCUGGGUGCUGGUUGGAAAGAUGAACAAGUUUUAUCCAGUGACAAUCCACAAUUUUUAAGACUUCAUAAAAAACUGGUUGACCUUAAAAAAGAAAUGCAGAAAUUAAAUGGAGAAGUUGGUGGCAGAUUAAUGUUUAGAAAUCCAUCAGAUUAUUUAGCACGCAAAAAGGAAAAAGAAGAAGAGGAACAGAAAGAAAAAAGUAGAUUUGCAAGGCGGACCAAGAGUUCUACUGAUAAAGAUUAUGUUGCAAAAAGACGUAGCUAUGUGAUUGAAAAAGACGAUUCUGAUUUCAAGGAAAGGAAAUCAAAAAGAGGCUCAUACACUUUCGAUCAUUCUUUUGACCCGGAAAUAAAGACUAAAAUAGAAAAACCUCAAAGAAGGUCAUUGAAGUCAGCUGAAAGUCACAUUCCAAAACCAGUCACAAAAAGUGAAUCAUUGAAGAAAACUCGAGCACCUCAGCCACCUGGUAAAAACCAGACAUCUGAAAGACCAAAAUCUCCUGCCCCACAACCACCAGCCGUUAAUGAGACUCAACAGGUAAUAAAGCAAUAUCCUGACCCAGUAAACUCUACUCAAGUAGAGCCUCUGGUUGAGUCAGCUGUGAAAACUGAGUCUCCUAUAAGUACACCACGAGAAUCUAAGAUUGAACAUACUCACAUUGUCCCUCAAGUCAAUUCACCAAGAGAAACUCAGCCAGACAUUUUGAAUAAACCUUCUGAAUCAAGUAGAGAACCUGUAAUAUCAGCUGAGACCACAUCUAAGACUUUGUCUGCUCCUGGGAAACCUAACCGACCUCCAAGAAAGAAGAAAGAAGUAGCCCCACAACCAACAGUCCCUGUAAAAACAGAGGUCAAAAAUACUGACAAAGUUUCAGAAGAUAUUUUAGAUAAUACAAAAGUUAGUGAGAUUGUAUCAGAUCAAGGUGAUAACAUUUCAUCUGAGAACAAAGAGAGACAUAAUAAUCAAAUUUCUCAACAGGAAGAAAAAAUAGUUGAAGAAGAGUCACUUAUUGUAGAAAGUGGGACUUAUUCAUUUAGACAAGUACAAAUUGUUAAUCCAGAUACAGUAAGCACAGAAUUAGGUACCACUGAUAGAAAUUCUGAUUCUAAGAAGGUUGAAUAUUUUGAGGUUGUGAGUGAUACACAAAAUGAUAAAAACAUAAAAGGAAUUUUGAAGAAGGAAAAAGUGAUUGAAUCAUCUAAACCAGAUAUUGUUGUGAGAGAAAAUUAUUCAGGUGAAAAUACUUCUCAGGGAAACUUCAUAACAGACAAUUUAGUUGACUUCAAUGAAGGUUAUGGUGACAUUAUUGUAACACAGUCAGAGAAAAGUCUUCCAGAUCAUUUAGCCGACACCAUUUCUCUGACAUCACUCACAUCACUGGAAUCAGUACCUCCACCUCUACCAGAUAGUACACCACCUUUCCUCCCUGAUAUCCCACCCCCUACACCAGUACUGUCCAGGAAGAUUGAAGUCAGAAAACCUGACAUAACGUUUGAACAGGAUACCAACUUAGCUAUGAUGGAGACUGCUGAGGUAGAGGAAGAAAUGGUAGAGAUACAGUCAUCAUCACAAGUUGAAAGUGAGGCUCCAUCUACUAGAGAUGAAGUUAUCUCCCCUCACAGCCAGAAGGUUGCUGAGUUACGUGAUGAUUUCUUUGGAAUCAGUAAAAGUCCUCCACCUGCUGAGGCUCUUACUGACAUGGAUGUUUAUCUCAAUGAUCUACAGUUAGAGGCUAAAACUAAGGAGUUAGAGGAGGUGGACUCAGAUCUUUCUGAAACAGAGGAAGAGAAAAUAGGAUUAUUUUCACCAGGUGAUGGAGACACUGGAACCUUACCUACCACACUUGAUGAUGAGGAACAUGAGAUUCAAUUGAUAUCAUACAGUACUACCUCAUUACGAAGCCCAGAAUCACAGACAGACUCAGCAUUUGAGGACAUGGCGUCAAGCAUGCAUUCCAAUGACUUAGACAACUCAAACCAGUUCAGUCUUAGCAGUACGCUGGAUGAUUUCCCUGAUGGCUUUGUUGUUAAGGAAACCAUCAGAGAAGUACACACAGAAUCUGUAGAAUCAGACCCAGGAUCAAUGUCACCACCUGAAUCAUCACCAAGGAAACCACAAUCUAUGACAUCACCACCUGUGAACAGAGACGCUUCAUCCUUUAUGGCUAAAUCUAACAAAUUCUCCAGCAGUAUAAACGAACCUCCUAAAAUUCACAUUCGAGCCAACACCAAAGAGAUGUCUGAUGCUCAUAUCCAGGAGGUUGAUGCCCAGAGGAAAGCUGUCAUUCAAAACAGUACUGUCAAGAGGAAGAAUGUUGGCUGGAGUGAUGAAGAAGAAGAAGACAACAGCAAUUUAACUCCUAGUAAUCCAGCCAUAGAAGUUAACACGGCAUCCAAUUCAUGGCGUGAAAACACAAAAUCAGUUAAUGGAAUAAAUUGGGAAGAAAAACCUGAAAAAGUUGACUUAUACAGUAAAAAUAUUGUUGACGAGUCCGACACAUCUGAAAUUGUCGACCGUGAGUCAAUUGCCGAUUUGUCCUCCACUCGUAAACAGUGGGAAACAUUCUGCAGAUCAACGAGUAACGAGCCAAUCAAAGCUCCAGCAAAGAACAUCUCUCCAGCCAAACGCUGGGAAGUCAAGUUACCAUACAAGUCAGAUCCACAACCUUCCAUCACAUCCCCCAGGUCAGAAUCACCAGACAGAAUGUCUGACACAGAUGUCGACCAGUUCGCUAGUGAAAGUGCCAUAGAUAGAGAGAUUCGUCUUGCCAAUGAGCGUGAGGAGAUGUUACGUAAGGAACAAGAGGAGAGGUUGGAAUUAAUCAAACGACAAGCAGAAUCCAAACAAAACUUUGAAAAGAAAAAUAACAAUAACAAUAAAGAAUUUCAGACAAUGUACCAUGAAAUGACCGAAGCUGACCGUGGGUCUGAGCUUCAGAAAAGGGAGACAAUCAUACAACAGGAAAUAUUAGAAAAUAAAGAGAGAGAAAAAGCCUUAAAAGUACGAACAUAUGAGGAAGAUUCAGAAAAUGAUGCCAAUGAGAGUGUAAUUGCUAAGGAAAUCCGACUGCAGCGUGAACGAGAGGAGGAAGUAUCUCAUCAACAUGCUAAUGGUGAACCACAAACAAAUGGCGAAGACAUCACAUACGAAGAGGCUAUAGCAACAUAUCAACAUGAAGGGGAAAGUCUUAUCGCCAAAGAAUUAAGAGAACAUCGUGAAAGAGAGGAGGAUUUGCAAAAACAACGUAAUACUGUUCAUCAGAGCACACAAAACACAACGAAAAUUCAGGAAAAGGAAGUCCCAACUGUACAGAAAACAACAACUACACAGAAACAACAAAAAACACCAACACCAACAAUACAAAAACAGUCUUUCAAUUCCUUCUUAUCUAGUCAAUCACCACAAAAUGUGCAGGACGAAUCAGAAGUUAAAGUCACCAAAAAACAAGCAGUGAAAAAAGAAACCCCUAUUGAACGUGAGAUAAGAGUAGCUAGAGACAGGGAAAAUGAACUAAGAUCACAAAAAGGUUUGCCAUUAUUAGUUGAUACUUCUAAACCAGAAAUAGUUGAAAGAGACAAUGUGCCUGAAGAGGAGGAAGUUCAUUAUAGUGGGAGGUAUAAUUCAUCAGGUAGUGAUGCCCCAUCUAUGAGGAAAUUUGCCUCCUCACGACUUCAAAAUGAAUUAGCCAAACAGAAGGAAAGAGAAAUGACAUAUAGAAAGGAAGGUAAAAUAAUGACAACUUCCGAGGAACAUAUCGAAACUCCAAUGAAAUUCUCUGAAGUACCGACAAAAAUGUCAGGACCUGUGAAAAGGAAUUUCGUUAUAAAUAAAAGUGGUUCUCCAAAACCACUUGUAGAAAAUGGAGAGACUGAAUCAAAAGACAAUAGUAUCACUUCUCCUGAACAAAGUAAAGAGGAACCCAAAUUUCGAUUAAAGACUGGUGGUGCUGCUUUCUCAUAUCGGGAGUCACGGCAACAUGCAGAGUCCAAAAUAGAAAAGGAACUAAGAGAAAUGAGAGAAAGAGAGGAAGAACUAAAGACACAAAGAAGAAGUAGUGGAGUUAUUUUAGACAGCUGAAGUUAUUAGCAAUACACAUUAUAUACGGUGCUUUAAAACAAUAGAGAAACAAUUCACAAUACUGAAUGUUAUCCAAGGACAGAUAUUGUCUAUUAGUAAACAUUCUGACACAUAUUUCAGUCAGACAAAAAUUCUAAUGAAUUGUAGCAUCAAUAGUCUGUAUGGGUGAACAUCAAAGUGACAAAAGGGACAUAACUUCAACAAUUCAAGGGGAAGUAAUCCAUAAUCAUGAUAUUGUAUCAUGAGCAUUACCUUCAUUAAAAUCACUCACAGAAAGGAUUAAUGAUACAACAUUCAUAUCAAUCUACGUUUAAAAUAACUCUGAAAGUGUAUAUUCUAGUAUUUUUUAAUUAUGAGAAGUGCUAUGAAAAUGAAAAUUAAAUUAAUUAUUUAAAAACUACAUAGUUGUGUGAGGUAUUAUGAUUAUAAUGUAUAACUCUAAAAAGAAACAUAUAUAUUUUUAUUUUUUUACCACUUUUUGCAUCAUGAGUUCAAUACAUUUAAAACUGUGAUUUAAAAAAGUACAUAUCAAAUAUAUAAUCAGAAUAAAUUAUUUUCUGAAUGGCAUAAAUUUUCAUCAUAAAAUUUAAGAGAAAUACAAUGCAGGAUCAAUUAUGAAUUUUUAUGCACAAGUCUUCUACAAAUUAUUUUGAUCAGAAUUAUAACAUUUCUUAAAUGGCACAGUAUGUUGAAAAAUUGAAUAAGAUUUGUUACAACAAACUUUUCUAUGAGAGUUAAUAAUAUAUUUAUAAAGAAAUUUGUUCUAUAUAUCAUUAAUAUUUUCCCCAUUUAAAAUGGAGAAUGAAAUGAUCUGAAAUGUGUAGACAUAUUUAAGAUUGAAUUAUUUGUUUUAGAUGUAUAUUUUACUGAUGAGUAAAAAUUGAAUGAUUUCAUGUGAAAUCUAAAUGUUGUAAAUCUCUUAAUUAAACAGAGUUACAUUUGCUCUUACAUAUAAAUAUUCUUGCUUUUUUUUUUAUAUAUAAAUCCUUAUUUUAUGUUUGUUCAAAUGCAAUUUAUUGUGUUUCAAAUGUGAUAUUAAACCAUUGUGUGUUAUUAACUAGAUAUAUUCAGAAGCUACAAUAUUAACUGAUUUUGCUUGUUAAUUUCUGUCAAUCAAAAUUAAUUUGAAAAUGAAUUACAGUAUAACCAUGUGUGUUCAUGUAACUUCUGUUAUUUAGAUGGUUUUGAAAUCUCUUUUUACCUCUAGAGUUAUGCCCCUUUACAAAUGCUGAAUUUUUUGUUUCUGUUUCUAACUUAAGUGUACCAUGUAUUUCUUCAAAUCUUUAUUUUAAGAACCUGAUUUAAUGACCUCUAAUAAAUUAGUCUGUACAAAAUUUUAUAGUUGUAGACAAUAACCUGUUACCACUUUACUUGGUUACUGCACUGCAUCUUCUUGUAGGGUACCACUCAUUUCAAAUUCUAAACAUAUUGGCCAGUAACACAAUUAAAACAUGGAUUACUAUGGAUAAUUAUGAGCUCAAAAAUUUUUGUUAUGGAAAAAUGACCCACACAAAAUCAAUGAAAACUUGGUUUACAUGUUUUAAUGUAUCCUAGUAAAAUAUUAUAUACAUAAUAUACAUGUGUUGAUGUAUUCAUUUAAAAUUUUAAAUCGAUGAAAUCUUAGAAAGAAAAAAAAUGUUUUUACCUGUUUAUUUAAAAUAGAAAAAUGGAGAAACUCAUCUUUUUAAAUGAUCAAAUACUUAAUUAAUUUCCUCCCUUUUUGUUAAGUGUUUGUCAUUGUAAUGAGAGAAUGAUGCCCUAUGAGAACAUCAUUUAAAGAGAGAAGCUUUUUUUUUAUCUGUUAUGUUUACAUGACCUGGCAAUGGUUUAUCCCUUUGUUGCCUUUUUUCAGAAAUUAAACAAGGUAACAUAUUGACAAUUCCAGAAAUAUCUCUUAUUCAUUUUUCUAUAGAGAAGUUUAAUACUAAUAGGUACAUUGGGGAAAAUAUCAGUAAUGUCAUUUUCAUAUAUACUAACUAUGGAAGAGACUGUGCUGGUGACCAGUGGUCAGUUUUGUAAACAUUUGUAUAUGUCCGAUUUUAUUGUACAUUCCUAUUAUAUAUAAAGUGCAAGUUUGACAUUUUACAUAUCAUAUCUAUAUUUUCUGUUAUUCUUACAAAUUAUAUUAAAUAAAAGUCUUAAUAUUGAAA